CUGAACCAGACCAAUUUAAGUUCUUAAUGAAUCACAUGUUCUCAAACAUUUUAAGGAUUUCAUGUUUUUUCAACUAUGGGAGAGCUGUCAGAUAAAUUUUGACAUCAAAUUAUGCCUCUUCACUGUGUUGAAGACAGAAGAAGUCCAACAGAAAUUGAAGAGGAUGAGGAUUCCUGUCCAAGUAUUUGGCAGCAAUGUCCUGAUUCUAUUCUGCUUCAUAUAUUCUCAUUCUUAGAAGCGAAACACUUGACAGCCUCCUCACAAACCUGCAAGGAUUGGAACAGAGUUACAAAUGAUGAAAGCUUAUGGAAAUCUCUGUUAAAUGCUAAAUGGGGAGUGAAAAAUCAAAAGUUACCACCAUCAAAAGAAAGCUGGAGGGGUGAAUACAAACGUUUGGAUUUUCACUCGCCCAUCCAUCUGAGUGAGACCCUGACAGACCAUGAUGAUGAAGUACUUCAUGUCAGCUUUUCUCAUGAUGGCAAGUUAUUCUGUACCACAUCAAAAGAUGCUACUAUCAAAGUUUGGAAUGUAGGUGAUCCAACAACGAUCAAACACACUAAAAGUUUCCGUGAUUUGUUGUCAUGGGACUUCACACAGUUUUCUUGUUUUAAUCAGAUUGACACGUUAUUACUUGUUUCCAGUGUAAAAACAACAGAUUUUAUGGACAGAAGAGGUUAUGUUGCUAUUAUUUCUCUUCCUCAUGAUUUCCGUAUUAUCCGUGUAGUAUCCAUGGAUCCAUCACAGUUAUUUGGAUCUUGGCUGGACAAUAGCACAUUCCUUGGAGGCUGUUUGGAGAUCAGUCUAGAUAGAUUCACUACUACUGUACAGAUAGAAUCAUUUGAUGUUCCAGAUGGUUCUGUGGAGAUAAAAGGUGAAGAAAGUGAAAAUCUCCCUGAAGUGGAAGAAGGAACAGGGAGAAAUCUGUUUACAUUUUGUAGUGAAACUGCUAGUUUAAUUAAAUUUUUGACAGUAGCUCAUAUUCCUGUUAAUGGUGACAAGGGACCACAACUCUACUGUGAUAAAUGUGCUAGUCAAGAAAGAGACACAAAUCCAAGAAAAAUUCCUAAACGAGACCAAACACUCUUCACUUCAGACAUAGAACAUCCUGUUCAAUCACCCAGUGUUUUAUAUGGGGAUGAAUGGGAUAAAAACAAUAGUGCUUCAUGUUCAUACAGUUCAACUAGUGCUAUAAAGGAGAACAAUUCUCUGUAUCAUAUAUCAUUGUGUAAUCAAUGUCAAAAUGGAAAUGUUAAUCGUAACUUAAUUUUUGUAACAGGAGAAUUUGCUGUAGCUUUACAUCAAUUAGGAUUUAAGAAUGUUUCUCCUGCAGUAUUAGAUCUACCCAUGAGUCCAUCAGAUGAAUCGGUACAGGAAGGUGAAAGUCACAUGGUGGUCAAUUUUAGUAACAAUGACAUAACACUACGGCCUAUAAGAAUAUCAGACAAACCAGACAACUUAUUAGAUUUAUUUGGACAUGUCACAGGUCUUACUUUGUCAAAUGAUCACAGGUAUUUGUUCCUGAAUUGUAGACCAUGGAUUGGUAAGGUUGAUAGAACUGACCCCUGGGCAACCCCUGACCUGUCACCUUCAAUAGAAAUCAGAGUUAUUGACCUUUGUACACUGCAGGACACUGGAAGACGAUAUCAAGGUCAUAAAGGAUUCUCCCCAUCAACAAUGUGUUGUUUUGUUUUUCUUGAUGUUAGUCCAGAUUAUGUUGGAAGUGGAAGUGAGGAUGCUAAAGGAUACUUAUGGGACAAACAUUAUUGUGUUAAUCUGGCAACAUUUGAACAUUCAUUUGGUGUUGUCAAUGCUGUAGGCUUUAACCCUGCUAACCAAGAAUAUUUAGUAACUGUAAGUGAUGAUUGUACAAUCAAAAUCUGGAGGUCAAAAGCUUUGAUGAAAGACUUCGGGCGAGUUUGAUAAAAGGAUAUAAAGCUUGAAAGAUAUUGGGCGAUUUGAGUAAUAAGGACAAAGCCCUGUCAGAUAAAAAAAUGUGUUGAAUCUGAUUAAAUUAAACAAUAUGUCAGCUUUGAAGAAAGACCUUGUUGUAUUACUAUAGUGCUGCAAUUCAAUGUAAAAAGUCAAUUUAACACUGGCAAGAAAAUUGCUAACAUGUGAAUGUAUAGAAGAAUAAUUACAUUAGAUGUAUGUUUCAUUAUAAUACGUUAUUCUGAUUGGCUAAUUGCACAUCACAUGUUAUUCCGUAAGCAAUUGCAUGAGACAAUAACAUUUCAUUCAUGAUGACACGAGAUCCCACAAUAAAGUGCACAGGUGAAUUUAAAAUUUAAACUUCAUGAAAAACGUGUUUUUAUAAUCCUAGCUAAAAAAUGUAAUUAUAAGUA